GACGUAUUUCCUGAGGGGCUACAUGAUGUGGACCCCUCAGCUGUUUUGAGAGGGUUCAUGGAAUCAUGUUAAUUUUUUAAAAAUUUUGUAGCCAUUAACAAUGUAGUAUGGUAGUUGUAAGAGUAUAUUCGAUUCAUUAGUAUAUCAAAGAAGACAGGGGAUCAUGCAUAAUGUAAACGGGAACUGGUAAACCUACAAGAAUAAACCCUCCCAAGGCAUUGGAAAGUUUCCUGAUACUUGAGGCGCUCAUGGGGAGUUUUGUACUGGUGUGCCUUCGUUCCUGGAAGAGGCCAGACUAGUUGGUUAGUGCGAGGAGUGUGCUUUGCUUGUCAUCGGUAUUGCCUUGUCCCUAUCUACAGAGACACUCGGGCUGUAACGGUGUCCGCUAGAAGGGCAUUUACGAGCCUGGCCGUAACGUUAGCUGGAACUUGACGCCGUCGAUCCCGGUUGUUGUUCUGUGGAGUGGGUUUAUUUGAAAUUAUAUUCCGAUUACGGUCCAAUUCGGAACGAUCAGAGAAACAGAAGGCUGUGAUUAGACACAGGGGAGAAAUUGGGUGAAAGAGCUAGCGCCGCAGAAUCGCAGUAGGCUACAUUGCAUCAAGUAGUUGUAGCUGAUAACGCGAUACAGUGUUACUUUACUGAAAUACCAGCGGGAGACGAUUCAGGAAUUUAUUGUAUUCGAAGUUUUUCGCCAAACCGUUUGCAGUUUUCAAGGACAUUUGUGGUGAUCCCGGUGCAGUGACUGUCCUGUGUCGUCUCUCUGCGCCCCUGUAUGUCCCCUGGCCUAUCAUAAAGACGCUGAGCUCAGGGACUUCGCUGUUGUAGGACCCUAUGGCUCUGGGCCUUCCAUCCUCCUCCAUGGGCCUUUGGUCACGGCUGGCUGAACGGCUGCUGCUGGGACCAUUGCUGGUCCUGCUGGUGUCUGGGCUGGGCAUGGCUCUUGGUCAGAGGGUUUACACCAACACAUGGGCCGUCCACAUCGCUGGAGGACUAGACGAGGCUGACCGCAUUGCCAGUAAACAUGGCUUCGUCAACCAUGGCAAUGUAUUUGGUGACCUCUAUCACUUCCGGCACCGUUCUGUGGAGAAGAGGUCUCUGUCGGAUCACCGAGGGACGCACGUCCGUCUACAAAAAGAGCCUCAGGUGAUGUGGGCAGAACAGCAGGUGGUGAAGAGUAGGAAGAAGAGGGACAUCUACACGGAGCCCUCGGACCCCAAGUUUACCCAGCAGUGGUACCUGUACAAUACUAAUCAUCGUGACCUGAAUGCCAAAGGUGCAUGGGAGCUGGGCUACACUGGGAAGGGAGUGGUGGUGUCCAUCCUGGAUGAUGGUAUAGAGAAGAACCACCCAGACCUUAUAUCAAACUAUGACCCAGACGCCAGCUAUGAUGUGAACGAUGGAGAUCCAGACCCUCAGCCACGAUACACACAACUCAACGACAACCGGCAUGGGACUCGUUGUGCAGGCGAGGUGGCAGCGAUGGCCAACAAUGGGAUCUGUGGAGUCGGAGUGGCCUACAAUGCCAAGAUUGGAGGAGUGCGUAUGCUGGACGGCGAGGUAACAGACGUGGUGGAGGCCCAGUCUCUCAGUCUGAACCCACAGCACAUCCACAUCUACAGUGCCAGCUGGGGCCCCGAGGAUGAUGGGAAGACGGUGGAUGGGCCCGCCAAGCUCGCCAAGGAGGCCUUUCUACGCGGAGUGACCGAGGGUCGUGGGGGCCUGGGUUCCAUCUUUGUGUGGGCGUCAGGGAACGGCGGGCGUGAGAAGGACAGCUGUAACUGUGACGGCUACACCAACAGCAUCUACACCCUGUCCAUCAGCAGCUCCACCCAGAACGGCAACGUGCCCUGGUACAGUGAGGCCUGCUCUUCCACCCUUGCCACAACCUACAGCUCUGGCAACCUCAACGAGAAACAGAUAGUGACAACGGACCUCAGACAGAAGUGUACUGACACCCACACAGGCACAUCCGCCUCGGCUCCUCUGGCUGCUGGGAUCAUCGCCCUUGCACUGGAAGCCAAUAAAAACCUGACAUGGAGGGACAUGCAGCACUUGGUCGUGAGGACCUCUCAUCCCGCCCACCUCCUCACCAACGACUGGAAUACCAAUGGGGUCGGCCGAAAAGUGAGCCAUUCAUAUGGGUAUGGCCUGCUUGAUGCCAGUGCGAUUGUGACUCUGGCUGAGAACUGGACCAAUGCUGGGCCCCAGAAAAAAUGUGUGCUGUCCAUGGUGGCAGAGCCCAGGAACAUUGGGAGCCACCUGCUGAUCACCAAGACAGUGGAUGGCUGUGUUGGGACAGCCAACCAUGUGAGCUCCCUAGAACAUGCCCAGGCCCAGCUCACCCUCUCCUACAACCGCAGGGGCAACCUGGGCAUCUACCUGACCAGCCCACAGGGUACCCGCUCCACACUGCUCGCUCCCAGGCCUCAUGACUACUCGUCAGAGGGCUUUAAUGACUGGGCUUUCAUGACCACACACUCCUGGGACGAGGACCCUCGGGGGGAGUGGACCCUGGAGAUGGUAAACGUGGCAGGGGCCAGCGACUAUGGCACUCUGACUCAGUUCACCCUGGUGCUGUAUGGUACAGGCUCAGACUCUCCCAGCUCCACAGCCAAGGACCUCUCUCAGCCCAGUAACGGCAGCUGUAAGACUUUUGACCUACAGCAGAUCUGCAUUGAGUGCAAUGGUGGCUACUACCUCUUCCAGCAAGGCUGUGUGAGGGACUGUCCAGCCGGCUACACCGCAGGCUCUCAGCUCCUCAAUUACACCAUGGGGAACUCUGUGGAUCCAGCCUCGGUCCCCUCCUGCCUGCCCUGCCAACCCCCCUGCCUGACCUGCAGCGGCCUCAGCCCCAGCGCCUGCCUCUCCUGCCCCCCUCACAGCCACCUGGACCCUGUGUCCAGCACCUGCCUGCACCUCAACCAGAUCCAGAGGGAGUCCCCUGGCAACUUCAUGGUGGGCCAGGGCAAUGCCGGUCCCCGCCCAGAGCUCAGCUCCCGCCUGCCCGUCACCAUCGCCGUGCUCAGCUGCAUGAUCAUCAUGGCCACCUUCGCUGGGGUGUUCGUUCUGCUGCAGCUGAGAUCUGGAGUCCUGGCCAAACUGCCCUCCCUGGAGGAGGCCGGCUCAGGCCUGAGGGGGGGCUUCGGCCUUGGGGGCAGCAGCAGAAUGGUGUCGUACCGCGGUAUCCCUACAGUGUGGGGCGACGAAGGGGUGAACACUGACUCCGACAACGAUGAGUUUGAUGUACACAAUGAGAAGACUGCCUUUAUCAAAACACAAAGUGCUCUUUAACCCCCUCCUGUCUUUGUAUUCCUGCUUUCUAUAGCCCCCCCCAAUCACUUUGACUCGUCUAAUUCUGGGCUCCCUGUCCUCAUGUUCCCCUCCUCUGGUUUCUCUUUCCCUGUUUCGCUCCCACGUUCUUCCUCUCAUUGGGUUUCAUUCCCCAGGUUUAGUGUUCCACUCUGUAGUUGGUGACCUGAUGGGAGACUGGAGUCACGUGGAACAGGGAUGGCCUGGGCGCGCUCGGCGCUCGCUUCACACUCGGGUGCUUUUCUAUUAAACUGUCUCUCUGUGCCCUUUCGCCCUCAAUCACCAUCAGACAGAGUGUUUUCUGAACACAGCCCAUUUCCCGGACGUCUCCAGGGUUUCCCUGUCACAAUAAACAAACCAUUAUUGUUUGCUCUCUUUUUUUUCCCCUCCAGUUCCAGUGCAGUAGCCGGAUGAGAUUGUAAAUUGGGGAUACACAGCUGUGCGCGUGCUGAGUAGACAGCGAGAUCGGGGUAGGGUCAGGUUCUGAGAAGCCACAGCUUGAGUCCUCAUAGUCCCAGUGUUUUGGUGAAUCAGACCCAGGCUCUCCCAGAGCUACUGUGUGUGUCCAUGCUGCAGUAUGAGACUGGAUCUCUCAGCUCUGGCUGGAUACAAGGCUAUGAGUCAUGAGACUAGCUACACUCACUCUACCCCCAGCAUGGAAUUCAGGAGGCGUUCUGCUUAUUCCGAGCGGUUUAGGAAUGCUGGAUUCAUGUGAUUCUGAGGGUUAUAUAAAGUCCCCUGACCUCCGCCCCUCUCUGUUCUCCAGUGGGGGUUCGGACUGAGUGCUUGCUCGCUGCCAGAUCCACAAAGAUAGGUCAGCAGUUCACCCAGCUACGCCUCCACACUUUACUGGGCCUCAGAAUUUAGACCAAAAUAAUACUGCCUCUAUGAUUUGAAACCCCAUUCCCAAGAAAAAAGUACCUAUGAAUAAUUACAUUGGCUUUCCACUUAAGUCUUAUAAUUGCUCAGCUACUGAGGAUGAAAGUGGUAGUGAGAUGUAUUGUGGAUGGGGCUCAGUACUGUAGAUGUGACUUUUUUAACACAAGGGUUCCUGUGGGCUUCUCUGAGCAGCUAUACAGGUAGUGAGAGGAGUGUGUGAUAGAGAGAAGGGUUUUACGCACUGCAGAGGAGAGAGAGAAUAACAAAGUCUGGACAUGAUUACCAGACUGGGCACUUCACUCUCCCUACUCUGCUGCUCUUUUUAAUGCUGUUCAUCACACACACCCUACCUCGUUUCAGUAAGGUAUAUGUGUGUUUGAGUGUGUGCCGGCCAAGUGUGUGAGCAGGUGUCCAGUUGAGCAAAAGGAAGGAAUGACCACAUUAGGAAUACUAAGGAUGUGGUUGUGUUUGUAGGCUGAGUUAUGAUACUGGUUGGCCUAUGUAGUUUCCCUUUCCCUGUUCUUUAAAGAUCUGCCUAUGUCAAAGAACUGAGGUUGGCUAUAAUAAGCAAACUUCUUUUAACAUCUUUUAUCUGUCAUUGAGACUUAUCACAGCUUCUCUCCACUCGCCCUCCAGUCGACAUCAGGGAUGUCGAUGCCAACUAGAGAUAAUCUGUUUCAUAUACUUGCCAAUGAAUUAUAUCCUGAACGACACUACAGCUCAGAUGUGUUCCAAAGGAGUUUUUUUUUCUCUACUCAUACUGUAUCUUUAUUGAAAAACUUUUAAGUGAAUUUUUGGCUGCAUUAUCUUUCUUCUACAAUCUGUACCUCAUUAAUUCAUCCAUUGGACAAAUAUUGGAUCCAUCCAUCUUUUUUUUCUUCUAUUUUUACGUUGAAGUUAUUUUUCAUUUCCAGCAGAUAAUAGGGGGCUUCACUGAGAGGGGCUGUCAUAGUGACAACGUGCAUAAAAGAUUGAUGCAGCUGCUCAUCCUGUCCUCUCACUCAGAUCACACAGCAACGGCAGCAGAGUAUAUGUGUUCCAUAGCGAUGAUGAAGGAUUAUAUAGGUCAAAGGUGAACGCUUUUCAGAGAAGGAUAUUUCUUUUGAACUGUAGGAGUUUUCCUUACACUGAUUUACACUUCUACAGUAAUAAUAAGACUGAAAUGUCUUUAUCUACAGUGCCAGGGCUGUAGGGCUGCAGUCUCUCUUUUUUCUCUCUCUCCUCCCCUACUCUGUCUUGGCACAAUUUAAAUGUAAUUUAAUAUAUCCUUAUUUAUGCCCUCUGAACAUAUAGUUUUCAGGAUUGUUUUUUAAGGGGGGGGGGGGUGAUUCCUGUGCUUUAAAUUGUAUGUAAUUAUAAACAUUUCUAAGGAAGACAGUCUUCCAUACACAGAUUGGGGAGUUGCUAUCCUCUGAGUGCAAAGUAAUGACGGCCAACUUUGAGCAAAAUGUGUAAUUACCCCAACGCUGGAAUAGUGUGCCGUUUAACCCUGGCUGAUGUAAGGUGCUGUCGUUGAUGAUAAUGAAGUAACUGAUAAAUCAUAAGAGAUGUUUCUUCCUACCUGAAUUAUAGUUGAGCAAUCAUAUAGCAAUCAUUUUUUAAUGUCCCAACCCCCCCCUCCCACCAUUUACAUUGUUUCCUCUAAAUUGGUCACUUCUGAAUGUGGAAAUCUAUAUUGCAUUAUAACAGUAUGUCUAAGGAAAAAGAGAGCUGCUGGGAAGGAGGUUGCGCCCCUUGCAGUGCAGCCUCAAUACUACAGCUGACUGCAGCAGAGAUUCUGGCAUUACCAAAGACGGGGCCAUUUAGAUUUGUGUUCAGUACAGUUCUGCUCCAAAUUGCUGAGCCUGAGUUGGGGAGAUGAUGCAAUCUGAGGUUUUCUAUAUGCAUUGAUUCAUAAAUCAGAUGAAUAUGUCUUUUUAUUUUUUAAAUCUCUUUGUUAUUCCUGCUUUUUAAUGCAGAGAGACCUUUCCCUCUCCACCCCCUGCAUGGUGACAGUGGUGGAGCUGAGACAUUCUGUAUGCUGAGAUACAGCGUUGGAUGUGGAGGGAGCAGAUUGAGAAUGUAUCCCAUCCCCAUACACUAAAGAGCUGAAUGAGGCUGUGUGUGUGUGUGUGUGUGUUAUAACUACAGAAGAAACACACUCAUGAGGGUUAAACAGAGCUCUGGACAUACGGACCAUCCAGCUCUGUCCACCUCUCCACACCUCUCCUUAUCAAGUCUUUGGCCUGGGGCUACAUAUAGUACCUUACAGAAACAGUGACCUAUGAAUAAUGUAAAAGAAUGACUACCUUAGAUGGGACAUAACUCUAAAAUAAGGCCUAUUUUUGUACUAUAUAUAUAUAUAUAUAUAUAUGGUGCAGUGUAAUGUUCUUGUAAUUUAAAAAUUUGUUUUGCUCUUGUUAAAUUUGUCCUUUUUAUUUAAUUGAUAGAUUCUACGAAAAAUAAAGAUCUAUGCAAACUUCA